CGAAACGUGGGAGGCGAGUUUAUAUUACAGUGCAGUAAGAAAGCGGGUGUAUGGCCCGUAAGAAAAUUACAAGUUUAUGUGGUGAAUUCGCAAAGUUUACAGCUAUGUAGUAAGGAUUAUAUGAACGAAGAUGUCGAUCUUUCAUCCAUGUGAACCUGUGGACCGGUGACCUCCUCAUAUCGGCUGCAAAAGGCAGAUUUUUUGUGUGCUGGGCUUAUGCCCAAAACCAAUAUGGCGGCCGUGUUGUUGUAUUUUGCCUUUACAGCGUUUGUUUUGGAGGGUCUCCUCCUUCACAAUGUGGCAGGGGAGAAUCACAUGUGUGCUUCAGCAUGUUCGUGUCUCCUUAAUCUUGUUGAUUGUUCUAAGUUGGGACUGAUUGAAGUUCCCCGGGAUCUACCCGUCUUCGUCACUCGACUAGAACUUCAAUUCAAUGGAAUUUCAUCUAUAACGGCAGACGACUUCAGAGGAUUGAACAAUCUCACACAGCUAGACCUCAGUAACAACGAAAUACGAUUUUUGAAUGAAUCUGUUUUUCUUCACCUUCCGGCUUUGAAACAACUAAAAAUUAACCACAACAAGCUUACAGAAGUCCCUAUGUUAAAAGGCCUAACAUCUUUAACCACCUUGGAAUUAAAUCACAACCGAAUCCAUACUCUGGCCAUGGAGUUAACCACUCACAUGGCCCAGCUCAAAGUUCUUGAACUCAGCCACAAUCAGAUCGUUGACAUUGUUCCAGGGGUCUUUCCUGUCAACAACACUCUACAAAAACUAACACUCAAUGGAAACGGUCUGGAAACAUUUGAAUCGGGAUGUUUUGACAACUUAACAUCAUUAGAAGUGCUGAAGAUGAAUAAAAAUAGAAUCCGCUUCCUGCCGAAGAAUUUAUUCAGUAAAAUGAAUAAACUGAAAACAUUAGAGAUAACCAAGAACCAGCUCCGCCAAAUUGAAGGUCUUUUAUUCCAACAGUUAUCCAAUUUACAAACUUUAAAGCUUCGGAAAAAUCAGAUAUCAGUAUUGAUGGAUGGAGCGUUUUACGGCCUAACUAAGAUACAGAGCUUACAACUUGACCACAACAACAUUUCAAAUGUGACCCAGAGCUGGCUGUAUAGGAUGGAAUCCCUCAAACAACUAUCCCUGACCAACAACAGAAUUCAAAUUAUUGACCCCGAGAGUUUGGAGGUCUGCAAAAAUUUACAGCUUCUGGACUUGACCAAUAACCGUCUGACCUCGAUCACCCGUGGAUCAUUCUCUGAGCUGAAUAACCUGCGCUCUCUCUACCUCAGUGACAACCACAUCUCUAACAUUGAAGAUGGAGCUUUCCGUGACCUGCAGAGCCUUGAGCUUCUGGAAUUAAACAAUAACGCCAUCUCCUGGACGAUAGAGGACAUGAACGGAGCCUUCACUGGUCUAACCGCUCUCACCAAGCUGGGCCUGGAGAACAAUAAGAUCAAGUCGAUAGCCCAGAAUGCCUUCAGUGGCCUCAGCCAAGUAGUGAGGCUGAACCUGCUGAACAACCCCAUCACCUCCAUCCAGCGUGACGCAUUAAGGGUCAUGACUCAACUCUCUCAAUUAUCAUUUAAUUCAUCAAGUCUACUGUGUGAUUGUCAGCUGUCGUGGCUGCCUCAGUGGCUGGAAGAAAAGGGUUUCCAGAGCACAGUCACAGCCGUAUGUGCCCACCCCGCCAAACAUAGAGGCAAAAAUAUCUAUACUAUUGAUCCACAAGAGUUCAAGUGUGAGGGAGACUUCCUGCAGCCAGUGAUCACGGUGAGCCCAGUGUCCCAGAUCGCACUGAAGGGACAGAACAUCACCCUCAACUGUAGCGCUAACAGUACCAUGCAGUCACACACACAGUUCAGCUGGAAGAAGAACAACAUGUUGUUGAUGGACAAGAACGUGGAGAACUUCGUUCGUGCGGAUGGAGACAUCUACAAUUACACCUCCCACCUCCAUCUGACCCGUAUACAAGACUCCGACAUGGGUCUGUACCAGUGUAUCAUCUCCAACGAGUUUGGUUCGGCCUACUCCAAUAAGUCUGACAUCCGUGUCCAUGUGUUCCCCAAGUUUGUGAAGACGCCCAUAGAUGUGACGGUCAAGGCUGGACACACAGCCCGCCUCCAGUGUGCAGCUACCGGUCAACCCAACCCAAUAAUUAAGUGGAACAAGGACGGGGAUGACUUUCCUGCGGCCAGGGAGAGGAGGGUCCAUGUGAUGACCGCAGAUGAUGUUUUCUUUAUCGUGGAGGUGAACAGGAAGGACGAGGGAGUCUACAGCUGUACGGCCAAGAACGCUGCAGGCAUGAUCAGCGCCAACGCUACACUGAGAGUGUUAGAAUCGCCGACUUUCGUAAAGCCAAUGGAGACGAUGAAGGUGACUUCGGUAGGGGAUACCGCUGUGUUGGAGUGUAUGGCCGCAGGAAGUCCUGCUCCAAGUCUAUCCUGGCUUAAAAAUGACCAGCCUUUAAAGGAAAGUCAGCGCUACUUCUUCACCGCCGGUAACCAGCUACUUAUUAUUGUACAGACCGAGAGGAGCGAUCACGGAAGCUACACAUGUGUCAUGUCUAAUACUCUUGGUAAAGAGACUGGAUCCACUAACCUGCGCGUAAUCCCCAAGAACCGCGGUGCUGUGACAGAAGUAAAGGGCGGCCAGCAAGGAAACAAUGGUCCCAGCGAUGAGUCGACAACAACAGGGAUCAUCAUCAUCGCUGUUGUCUGCUGCGUGGUGGGGACAUCAUUGGUGUGGGUAAUUAUCAUCUACCAGACGAGGAAGCGACAUGAAAUGUACAGUGCUACACCCACAGAUGAAACCACUCUCCCAGGCGAGAUACCCAGCUCAGGGUAUACAUCGUCUGAAAAAGAGGGAAGCUUUACUCAGCCAGUCCCGAUGACAACACCAAACUUUCAGUACCACGACUACCAGAUGAAGGAAUCUGGGUACGAGUCAUCAUCAGGACGUUUUCGGGCGGCAAGAGCGGCCAUAUUUCCAAGUGAUGUAGAUGAGGAAGAUCAUCAACAGUCAGUUCCUCUCACCUUGGGGGAACACCAGCUGGGCUCUGAUUCCCCAGAAAACAGUGUUUCAAGUUUACAUUAUCCAAACAGUGAUGAAACAGACUCUUUAAAAAGUUCUCACAGUACAAACAGCACUCGUGCUAGUGAUCAGCACACGUUACGGACAUUCCACCCCGUACCCACAAACCACGACACGUUGUCGUCGUCACGGGUGUCAGCCAACGUGGACGCGAGUGGGGGUGGCUAUUGUGAGGGGUGUGAUCAGUGUCAGGGACUUACAAGUGGUGAAAGACAGAAUUGUCACAGUGCUAAUUAUAGACACUCUUUAUAUAAUAGUCCACAGCAGAGUGGCAUGCCGAUUCACCAUGGAUCCCAGCCCCAGCCGCCAGGUGCCUCGCACCCCGGCAUAGAUUACCAAGUUGAAGAUGCUGUUUGUGAUAGUCAACACAAUGUUUGCAAUUGUCGCUGUACAUCCCCUGUACAUAAUAAUUCCCCCAUCCCAGUACCAAGCAAUUCUACAGUGUGUCAUCAUGUUAUGAAAUCACCAUCACCAACCCCACCACAUCAUGGCGUGCCUCCACAUGUGGUACCAAAUAUACCCAAUCCAUAUAGCCACCAAAACCCAUCUCUACUCAAUACUCAUGACUGUCAGGUGUGUGCUAAUAAUAAACCGUCGCUGUCACGAAACGUGGCCAAGGACUCGAAUCAUCAUAACAAUUACAAGGAAGUGUUAGUUGUUGGUGGUACUCAUCGAACGAGCAGUGGAGCCAUAGACAAAAUCCCCCCCGUCAUUCCGCCAAAGCACAGACGUUCACAAUCGUCGUCGCAUUCAAAAGCGAAUGGCGUCACACAAAAUGGCACUUUAAAAUCUUUAGAUGGGAAAACAGUGGAUGUGUAGUGGUUAGUUUGUUGACAAGUAGGUACCCAUCAGCAUAAUAAUGACGUCAGGGUCUGGACGUUCAACGGUGUGAAGGGUUCCCGGACGCUGGUGUUCACCAACGGGAAGGAUUCGAAAUGCUGAUGUUCAAAAGUGUGAAAGGAUUGGGACGCUGAUGAUCAACAGUGCGAGGAUUCGAGACACUGACGUCUGACAGCAUGAAGAGUUCGGAACGUUGAUGUUCAGCAGCGUGACGGAGUCGGAACACUAUAUUCAAGUUUCUGUGAUUUGUGUAACAAGCCAAAGCUUUAUAUCUUGUGACCCGCCCAGGAGGGGUGGGUGGUACUGUUGUGUGACCAUCAGUAGGCCACAGGGACUAUACCUUGUGACCCGCCCAGGAGGGGUGGGUGGUACUGUUGUGUUGUGUGACCUUCAGUAGGCCGCAGGGAGAAACAUUUAUUAUUAUUAUGAUUAUUUGUAUACUUUGAUAUGUUUUUGUGUACAUUGACGACAAAAAAUGGAGAAUGAGAUGAAACGGGUAAAUUAUUCAGUUUGAUACUGCUUCCUAUAUAUCCUGUAACCUCAACACCUACUUUAUUACAAGUGAGGCGAGGAAAGAAUUACAGGAUAAACAACAGGCUUCUUUCAGUAUUAACUAAAAUAAUGGAAAAUGAAUGAAAUUGGGUGCAAGCUUUAAGGAAUCAGAAUUCCAAAUCCUAAUAGAUAUCUCUCUUUUUUGUCACAACCGAAUCAGUUUCAUGUUUAUGGUAUUAGUUUUGUAAAAGUAGAAGUAAAUUCAAACACUUUAAAAUGGUGAACUGCCAAAAUUAAUUGCAACAAAAACAAUGUGGUGAAAUGUUCUCUUGAGACCAAAAAUUGCAUUAAUGCUUUUUAUUUAUUCAGUAUAGGUGCUAUGUAAUGCAUCUACCGGUUUUAAAAUGGCAUUGUUCAUUUAUUGAAACCUAUUUAUGAUACAGCCUCAAGGUUUAAGGCCUAUUUCCCAUCUCUCGAUUACUUGUGUACGGAAUUGUAUCAUACUAUUUUGUAUAGCCAAUAAUGUUUUAAAGCUUGCAAUGUGUACAAAUUUUGUUCUCAUUGUAAAUAAUCAGACGGAACAUACCUCAUGCAAAUCCAUUGUUCCAUGUGAGCGUUUUUGUUUUGUAGACUUAAUUAUUACAGUGUAUAAAGUUAGUGUGUUAGACGAUUGUUUGUGAAAGUGUACUGUACUGUGUGACUCACAGUACUUAUAAGGGGAACGUAACCAGUGUAGGAUUGUAUGUGAGAGUGUACUCUGUGUGAAUCGCGGUAAUAACAUAUCGGAAACGUAACCGGUUUAUGAUUGCAAUUUUGUGUGUGAAUGUCACAUCCUUGUUCUAUAGAAUGACCACAUCACACCUUCGUUGACCGAUAUGGAAUGCAAUGACCUUGACAUGAAAAGUUUUUGUUUUUUUCUAAAAUUGAAUAUAUUUACUGUUUCUUUGUUUAGGAAACAUGAUAUACAAUAGUAUAUGCAUUGAAUCUUCGUCAAAACGUUCUGAUAAAUCUAAUCUUACUUAGUGUCGUAUGGUUUCAGUUGUCAUUUUAAUUUAUUACACUGAAGUAAUUGAGUAUAAAGGUAUAGUGUUCCAUGAUGUGGAGGUUCUAUAAAACAAAGACUGGACCCAUAGAGUGGAUGAAAUACAUAAUGACCGGAAGUGAUCAAGUAAGGUGUUAGAACCAGGUCAUUGAAGUGUUAGACCCAGGUCUUCCUGUCGUCAUUGAAGUGUUAGACCCUGGUCUUCUUGGGGUCCUGUCUGGCACAAUGGAGGUCAAUACUAGAUGUUAUCAGAGUCUGACUUCUAUAGAAAUUUAACAUGGAUUUGUUGUCUUUUGGGAUGAAACCAAUUCAGAAACAGAUUUUAAAGUAACAGCACACCAUUGAUACUUAGAAAAUUAAAAUAUUGGUUAUGUUUAAAAUACGAAAUUGAAAAAACUUAACAGCAUAUAUUUGAAUAUUGAAAUUUUGAUUAUGUUUAAAUUCAAAUUAAAAAGAAAACUUAACAACAUAUUGCUAUAGUGAAUAAUUUCAAAAGUUGUUAAUUCUCAAGUGCUUUUGUAUGUGGUUAAUUUAUAACCAAACAAACCUGGGUGACUAGAGAUUGUGUGAGGGUAUAAAUGUGUGUGUGGAGCGUACAUGUGGUUGGUGUAAAUGCCCUGUAGGCCAAGUGUGUUGUGGUUACUCCUCGUCGAUAGGCCAGUCAGUUGUGGUAUUUCCUCGUCUAGGUGCUGUUAGCUAAGCGUUAGACAUUUUACACGUAAAUAUCACUAGUAUAUAUAUAUAUAUGUAUGCCCAAGAAAUCCAAUUUUGUGUCACAAAUCUGUAUCACAGUCGUAUUGUAUGGUAUUAAUCUUUGAUUUGGUCUAUUUAAAAAUAUAUUCCUAUACCUUGAAAUAAAACCACACUUGGUUUUCAAUAAUGUAGUAUUUUAUACUUUGACUUCCACAAUAGCCAUAAAUUAAACAAAUCAAAUGUUCUGGCACUUAAAAUGUUACAGUGUAUAUGUUUGCUUUGUAAUAUUGAAAAGUCACAAAUUAAUUUAUCUGUUUACCUGAAUUAUCAUCAAAAUUUGUUGUGCAGUACCUGUAUGUAUGUUUUCUGUGUGAUGAUAUAAGGGAAAGUAUAGGUUAAGUUCCUAUAUAGGGUGAAAUUAUCACUACUUAAUAUAAUUACAGGUGAGAAAAAAUGGCAAAAAUCAUUUCCAAUCUUUAACACAUGAUAUUUGUAUUAAUUUGUUGGCAAUAUGUUUACUGUGCAAGGUAGAAUCAUUGAAUUCUAAAUCUGAUAAAACAACGAUCAUGAACUGAUUGAAGUAAGCUAGAGCAAAGAAAAAUAUUUGUUGAGCAUGCACAGUUACUUUAUAUAUGAGAAUAUCAGUAAUUGAUAAAAAAAAUCUUAACAAGUUUGAAAACUGCUGUAAAAAAUGUCUUAAAAACACAUACUGCUACAACUGUUGUUGAAAACAAGAUGGUCUCAGGUAUAAAAUAUUAAAAGCAUAUGACAACAUUUGAUAGAAACAGUAUGAAGAUUUUCUUUAAAUGUUGGAUACCCAAUACUCAAUGAUAUUAACAUUAGUAUUUUUGUCACAAAGAAUGUCAUUUUUCACAUUGACGAUUUCACACUAAAAAGGUUGUAGAUAUAUAUAGGUAUGACACUGAAGUUUUACAUGAUGUAUUAUUAUAAUUUUUGAUAUACAAUUUAAAUUUACUGCUUCAUUUUUCACAUUUUCGAAAUUUCAUACAU